AUGCCCGCACCUUAUAUUUUCACCAAGUCUCUCUCCCUACACAAAAUUCUUGACCAGAAAACAACGGCGGACCCCCAUGUCACCCCCCGCCAACCCCCACCUGCUGCCGUUCCCGCUACCUCAACCACAAAACACUUCUCCAACAUGUUUUCUCCACCUCCCUCUUUUGCAUCCCCGCCCUCUACGCUUCCAUCCUCUGUGACCAAACCGCGUCCCAGCCUCACCUGCCGCCUCCGAAAGCGUACCUACUACCGACGUUUCGGCCUUCAAGCCUCCAUCUCGCCACCCGCCCCAGCUCCGCCGACCGCCUCCCAACCCUUCGCUUCCGACGACUCCGACGACUCCGACUCCCUCCACGAAGAGUGUGGCGUCGUCGGUGUCUGGGGCCACCCGUCAUCCGCUGCCGUCGCCUACUACGCCUUGCACGCGCUUCAGCACCGCGGCCAGGAGGGCGCCGGUAUUGUCACGUCUGGUGAAUCCUUCUCCCCGGAUCUCCGCGAAUAUAAGGGCCUGGGUCUUGUAUCAGAGGUCUUUGCAAACGCCCUCGAUGGUGACAGUCUUGCGGGUGAGUCUGCCAUUGCCCACAAUCGAUAUUCCACCUCGGGCGAGAAAAGCGUCAGGAACGUCCAACCUUUUAGAGCUAGCUUUCGCGAGGGGCAAGUAGCAGUCGCUCAUAACGGAAAUUUGACAAAUGCCGACGUCCUGCGCGUUGAGCUUGAACUUCGCGGAAGUAUUUUCGCCACCAGCAGCGACACCGAAGUCGUUCUGCAUCUUAUGGCUACUAGUGUUGGUUCAUCUGGUGGUGUCGCAAGAAAAGCCGCAGAUGCUUUGAAUAGGGUCGAGGGUGCCUAUUCCAUCCUCAUCCUCACCAAGGAAACCCUUAUAGCUGUGCGUGAUCCUUAUGGAUUCAGACCGCUGGUCAUGGGCGAGCUCAAAGUUGAAGGAAGGGCUGCUCCGGCCAUCGUAUUUGCAAGCGAGACCUGUGCCUUGGAUAUUGUUGAAGCGAAGUUUAUGAGGGAGGUAGAGCCUGGUGAGAUGGUCUCUAUCGAUCGCGAGGGGAACAUUACCAAUUCCUUUCCGUUUCCACCCCUGAGACGACAUGCAUGCGUUUUUGAGCACAUUUACUUUUCAAAGCCAAGCUCCGUUGUUUUUGGCAGAAGUGUGUAUAUGAGCCGUUUCCGUUUCGGCGAAUUGCUUGCCACAUCUGCUAUGGUUCCCGAUGCCGAUGCCAUUGUCCCUGUCCCAGAGAGCGGCGUACCUGCCGCACUUGGUUAUGCAUCCGCCUCUGGGAUUCAAUUCCAACAGGCGAUUAUUCGUAGUCAUUACGUUGGGAGAACGUUUAUUCAGCCCACACAGGUUGCGAGAGAUAUCGGCGUACGUCUCAAACUAGCACCUGUUGAAGCCUUAAUACGAGGUCGAUCGGUGGUCGUUGUGGAUGACUCUAUCGUGCGCGGGACGACGUCAAAGAAGAUUGUGCGUAUGCUACGUGAUGCCGGUGCUAGGGAAGUGCACUUCCGCAUCGCGUGCCCCCCGAUUACAGGUGGUUGUUUUUACGGGGUCGAUACACCGGAUAAGGAGAAGCUUCUUUCUAAUCGUAUGACGGAUGCCGAGGCUUGUGAAUAUAUUGGGGCAGACUCGUUGGCCUUCUUGCCUCUAGACGCGAUGCACGAGUUUCUUGCGGAUGAAGCGCCCACAUUCUGUGACGCGUGCUUCUCCGGCAACUAUCCAGUACUACCUGCAGUUGUAACACCACCGAAGCUCGCUGCCGGGUUUUGAGGGGUUUAUUUAAGAUAUGACCACGAUUAGUGAUCAAAUUUGAGCAUAUGAAGGGUAUUUUAUGAACAUGUGAUACUCAUGGGUGGGUAGGAAGAAUACUAACUCUAGAAUACUCGUAGGAGCUCCGAAAAUAAGAGGGAAGUCGAACAGUGCGUAA